AUGCCUCGGUCGUUCCUAGUGAAGAGCAAGAAGGCUCAUAGCUACCACCAGCCCCGAGCCCCCGACGGCGACUACGGCGGCACCCUGGAGAGCGUCUUGGCUCAGAUCUGCGCAGAUAGCACGGCUUCGCACCUGGCCCUGCCCGAACGGAAUCUCCCCGCGGAUCGCCUUUCCCCGGAUUCCCAGCCGCUCGAUGGGGCGGACAGGAGCUCCGAUUCGGCUCCCAGCUGCGAAAGCAGCAGCGUGUGUGAUCCGGCCGCCGAGAUGGAGGAUUUUUGGAGACCGCCCUCCCCCUCGGCCUCCCCAGCUUCUGAGCGGUCCAUCUGUCCAUCCUUCGAUGAACCUUCCCACUUCUCCCUGCCCCUGAAACCCUACACAUGGAGCGGCCUGGGAAACACCGAACUGAGACAUUUGGUGCAGAACUGCAGGCCUUGCUCAACUCUGGACCGUGGCCUCUUCUGUGAGCGAGGAUCUGAGCCUGCUCUGUAUGCCUCAGAGCGUAACUCAGCCCUUGGACUCUAUGGUGACUUUGGCUCUCCUGGACUCUUUGAGCGGCCAGCGGCAGCCCCUGGAAUCUUUGUGGAGACCCCACCUGGACUGCAACCUGAGAAGAGUGCAAAUAGCAUCAAAUUGGAAUCAGAACUCCUCUGUCGCCCUCUGUUGCUCAGCAGCGGCUCCUACAAAUGCGUCAAAUGCAGCAAGGACUUCUCUACUCCGCAUGGCCUGGAGGUGCAUGUUCGUCGUUCACACAGUGGCACCAGGCCCUUUGCGUGCGAAAUGUGUGGCAAGACAUUUGGCCAUGCCGUUAGCUUGGAGCAGCAUAAAGCUGUGCAUUCCCAGGAACGCAGCUUUGACUGUAAGAUCUGUGGGAAGAGCUUCAAGAGAUCUUCAACUUUGUCCACCCACCUUCUCAUCCACUCAGAUACCCGGCCUUAUCCAUGUCAGUACUGUGGAAAGAGGUUCCACCAGAAAUCUGACAUGAAGAAGCACACAUUCAUCCACACAGGUGAGAAACCCCACAAGUGCCAGGUGUGUGGCAAAGCUUUCAGCCAGAGCUCAAACCUGAUCACUCAUAGUCGGAAGCACACUGGCUUCAAGCCCUUUGGCUGUGAUCUAUGUGGCAAAGGCUUUCAGAGGAAGGUGGAUUUGCGGAGACACCGAGAGACACAGCACGGUCUGAAAUGAGAACCUGGUGGACUCUGGAAUAGCAACACAAACACUAUGUCAGCGAACUUCCCUUUUCUCCUUGUGGGCUGCCCAUGUCCUGCCUCUGUCUCUCGGUCUGAUGCUCGAGUUCACUUCCUACCCCAUUCUCACUAAACAGGAGGUUAGAAGGAACUUGGUGAGAAUUUUACAGAAAUUAAAGCCUUGGAAUGAAUAUGAACUGCCAAGCCUAAAGACGUGGGGCACCUUUUCAGAAUGAAAUCCUGGACGAAUAACAUAUGUACCGUGUCUGUUCCCCUUUCACUCAUACCUUGUGGCACAAAAGGCCCUAUUUGGAUAAGCUACUGGCACCUGCGAACCAGAAAUCCCACCCACCCCCAGGGAAUCACACAGACCACAUUGGUUUCCUGGAAGUUAAUUUUCUGGGUUGCCCAAACUUCACAUGGUAUAUAAUCCCA